CUCGGGUGUGGACGUCGACAUGGAGAGCCCGAGGAUGAGCUGUCAGAGAAGGAAGCCCUGAAAAAGUACUCUAACAGGAAUCCUAAGGUAGAAAAGGCUGCCCAGAUGUUCUUAAGCGCUUUUAAGGCGAACAUUAAGGAAAUUAAAAUGGAGAAAGCUGUAUUUUUAUCUUUUGAAAUCGCAAGAGUAUAUUUUUCAGAAAAGGAUGAUAUGUUCCCGAAGAUUGUGCGCUCCAAGUCGCACAAUUUGAAAGAGAACUCCGGCUGUGCAACAGAGUCCUAUGGCGAGAAGCUUGGGGCUGCAGAGUUUGUGGAGAUGUCUAUCUCGGAAAUGAAGUCGGACGAGGUGAAGAGUAUAGACGCGGAGGCGAUGCGCGAUAGUCUGCUUGCGGCGCAGGUGGCGAGGGCCGCGUCAGAGACAGAUAUGUUCCAGUGCUCACGGUGCAAGCAGCGCAAGUGCACCUACAGCCAGCUGCAGAUCCGGAGCUGCGACGAGCCGAUGACGACGUUUGUGCAUUGCAACCGUGUGCGGCCACCGCUGAGAUUCUAG